AUGUCUGGUGAGGUGCUGACGAGCCAUGACAGCAUCCACGUGCGCAUCAAGCGGCGUCGGCAGACGGUCUUCCUCCUCUGCUACCCCACACAGCCGGUCGGCGUGCUGUACCAAAAGGUCGCCACCGUCAUGAACAAGGACAGAUCCGACAUACGGCUGCUCAAGGCCAACCUGGUAGGGAGCGAAAAACCCACGAAAUGCGACGAAAUGAAUGCAUGCUUUGGUUUGCGCGCGCAUGUGUGCAUGCGGGUGGAACAGAUACUGCAGGAGGAGGCAUCUCUUCGGGCCCAGAACAUCGGCAAUGGCGAGAUCAUCGGACUGGUCUUCAAAGUGGAAGGUACGGAGCGCAGACCCUGAGAGCAGAGCCGCAUAUCUCCCACCUCUGAUGGCUGCCUGUGUUGUGCUGUGUGCUUUUUGUCAGGCAAGGAGGAGUUCGAGACGCCCGAGUACGAGAGCCUUCCCGGCGACGCCGCCCCGACCAACACAGGCGCAGCGGGAACCGACGGUGCCACCGGUGCAGCUCCCCCGGUGGAGCCCGAGGGCGCUUCUUCCACCGCAGCGUCGUGAUCCCAUCCCUGCCGAGAAGAUGGAAUGGAAUAUGCCCAGCGAGAUGUUUUACGUUCCAUUGUACAGACCGAUCGGAUGCUGCGAGCAGCUGAGCGCUUUUGAGAGAUCGACUGACUUACUGACUGACUUACUGACUGACUGUCGGGAGGGUGAGCUUUGUGUCACCUCCCUCUGCUGCCGUUUCUGGGUUGUGCAUACAUACAUUCAUAGCAGACAGACAGACUGACAGGGAUGCUUGAGUGGCGCGUGUCUAUUUGAUCGUGCUAUCUAUUUAGAGCAACGCCUGCGCGGCGGGGGGUGCGAUGAGGCGCGCUGAUGGCUGCGAGUUGCUUCUCCGCAGGGGGAAGUUUCUCGCCUGCAUCGUCGAGUCUUGCAGUACUUACCGCUGUCGCACGGCGGACGCCAUGAGUGGCACAGACAGCACAGAUUGAGAUGUAUCUAUCGGCUCAACAUCCUUCUUGUAUU